AUGGCCGUGACAUCCGAGAUCAUAUCGCAAGCCAAGUGGUCGUGGUUUUGGAGCUCCAGGUCGAAGCCUGCCCGCCGCGGAAGACCUUUGAGCGGAUUGCAGACCUUCGACAAGGCAAGCCGUGGUCCCCUGGGCUCGCUCCUACUAAUCGGAACCGGCCUUCGCAAUCCAGUCCUUCUCAUGUCACUUAUCGCCGUUCUGCUGUCAAUAGCCAUGGGUCCGUUCUCGCAACAAGCCGUAAGAACCAUCGACUGCACAUACGUCGACCCCACACAGACAGCAUUCAUCCCAAACGUCCAGACGGUGGGGUACUCCAAUCUCGAAGUCAGCUAUCCAGUCAAAGGCGCCAUCAUAUCGUCUCUCACGGACCCAAACAGCAGCGACUCCAGAAUCCAGCCAACUUGCACGAGCGGCAACUGCACAUUCAGAAGCUUCCAAGACCAAGAGGGGGUCCAAAGAUUACCCACAGAAGAAGAGGGGGUCCUGCACUAUGCCGAUGAGCCUCCCGGUGGCAAUAUCAGCACGGAUUACUGGACCCUACCACACGGCCAGACUGUUUCCUACGAAGAACGCGGAUGGUGGGCGACACAAUACAACAUCACCUUCAUCGACAUUAGGGCAGGAUACUGGAGCACGGACGAUACUGUCAUGUACAAUACCGACAUGUCUUCGGCGAUGAAUUUGUCAUGGGCCACCGAGAGCCUCGGCCCCGAAUUCCUCAAUUUGUCAGCGUUUUCGCUUCUGAACAUCACGAUUCUGAUGGCCCCGGGUGCUGGCAACCAGACCGUCCCCCGGGUUGCCUUUGCAUGUACGCUGUACCCGUGCGUCCAGUCGUACUUCGCUUCAGUUAGCAAUGGUGAGCUCGAGGAAUCCGUCGUGUCCACGCAAACACUGCUGCCCUGGGGCAAAGAUGUCCCAGACUUGGGUUUUGGUGAUGUCUACCAAGAAGAAAGUCAUGAAAUAGCCAUAUUUCCCGCGGACAUGAUAUCGAUCCAAACACCCUGCCUCGUGGAACGUUCGCUGUACACCCAGGAGAAUAUUUCCUCAGCUCCAGAGGCCACGACGCUCCCGCGGCGUCGCUUUAAUCGCACGACCCCUAUACGAUUCCCCUUUUACAACGGGCAAGAGGACGAAUACAAAGAUCUUGGAGACAUGGUCAACGUCAAAGCGCCCACGCCGUGUCUCUACGGCAUGGAUCAUUAUAGAUGGUUUGAGGACAUGCAGGAGUUCGCCGAAUCGACGUUCUCUGGUGCUUGCACACUCCAGUAUGGAGGCGAGUUGCGUUAUCCCGACAGCAGUUGUGAUCCUUUCUGGAUCAAGCCAGUCUAUCAGAGUGGUUCGACACUGUCUGCCGUCGAUGCAUAUAUGAGCACGUUCACACAGUCCAUCACCCGUAAAUUCCACCUGGGUAUAGACCGCGGCGAAUCUACGACGCCUGAUUACCGUGGUGAGUCUGCAACGCCGGAUGAUUAUGGAUCUAGCAUGUCGGGCGUCAAUGGAUCGGCUUGGCAGACAACGACGUGUUUCGCCGUAGACUGGCGAUGGCUUCUCCUCCCCUCCGCAUUGACAUUGUUCACUGCCUUGGCGCUCACUUGGACUCUAGUGAAGCCUCUCUUGGGGGUUCGUGACGAGAGCAUGCUUUGGAAGAGCUCGAUAUUGCCUCUCUUGUAUUACAAAGAGCGUGUUGUACCCACGGCCGAUGACCGGGGCGUGUAUCGGUUUGCGCCUGCCGGCACAGGUGAUCUGUUGGAUCUGGGGGAACUGAACAAGGAUGCCAAGCGCGCUCGGGUGACGUUUCAGGGAACUUGCUAG